AUGCAAAAUAAUAACACAGGAACAACUACAAAUGACAAUUUUCAAUUCUUUGGGUUAGGUGGUAGUAAUGAAGUCGGUCGAUCAUGUCAUGUAAUUCGUUACAAGGGUAAAACAGUGAUGUUAGAUGCAGGUGUUCAUCCAGCUUAUAGAGGUAUGGCAUCUUUGCCAUUUUAUGAUGAAAUUGAUUUGAGUACUAUUGAUGUUUUAUUAAUUUCACACUUUCAUUUAGAUCAUGCUGCCUCGCUACCAUAUGUUAUGCAAAAGACUAAUUUCAAAGGUAGAGUAUUUAUGACACAUCCCACUAAAGCAAUUUAUAGAUGGCUAUUAAAGGACUUUGUCCGUGUAACUAGUUUAAGUAAUAACGCCAACUCAAAUAUUCGCACUUCCAAUGACGAUGACAAUUUAUACAAUGAUACCGAUCUAGUUGAAUCAUUUGAUAGGAUUGAAACAAUUGACUAUCAUUCUACAAUGGACAUAAGUGGCAUUAAGUUUACGGCAUAUCAUGCAGGACAUGUUUUAGGUGCAGCUAUGUUCCAAAUUGAAAUUGCUGGGUUAAGGAUAUUAUUUACCGGAGAUUAUUCAAGAGAAGUCGACAGGCACUUAAAUAGUGCAGAGGUACCUCCAUUUUCCACAGAUGUCUUGAUUGUAGAAAGUACAUUUGGUACAGCUACUCAUGAGCCAAGAAUUACACGAGAAAGAAAACUAACUUCAUUAAUACACAACACCGUAGUCAAAGGGGGUAGGGUUUUAUUACCCGUGUUUGCAUUAGGUAGAGCCCAAGAAUUGCUAUUGAUUUUAGAUGAAUAUUGGACGCAACAUAGCAAUGACUUGGGAAAUGGACAAGUUCCUAUUUACUAUGCGUCUAAUUUGGCUAGAAAAUGCUUAAAUGUUUUUCAAACCUAUAUUAAUAUGAUGAAUGACAAUAUUCGCAAGAAAUUUAGAGAUUCUAAAACAAACCCCUUUAUUUUUAAAAACAUUUUAUAUUUGAAAAAUAUAGAUGAUUUCCAGGAUUUUGGUCCAAGUGUUAUGUUGGCUUCUCCAGGUAUGUUACAAAACGGUGUGUCUAGAGAUUUGUUAGAAAAAUGGUGUCCAGAGGAGAAAAACUUGGUUUUAAUUACUGGGUAUUCUAUUGAGGGUACAAUGGCUAAGUUUUUAAUGUUACAACCAGAUCACAUACCGUCUAUAAAUAAUCCAGAUAUUAGUGUGCCAAGAAGAUGUCAAGUGGAGGAAAUUUCAUUUGCCGCUCAUGUGGAUUUCCAAGAAAAUUUGGAUUUUAUUGAGCAAGUCGGUGCUGGUAAAAUUAUAUUGGUUCAUGGAGAAUCUAAUCCUAUGGGAAGAUUAAAAUCCGCUUUGUUGUCCAAUUUUAAAAAUUUGAAAAAUACUGAAAAAGAGGUUAAGGUUUAUAAUCCUAGGAAUUGUGUUUUGAUCAGCUUGGAAUUUAAGGGGGUUAAAGUAGCUAAAGCUAUUGGUAAUUUGGCAGAUGAAAUUAGUAGUAAAUUAUUAACUGAUGAAGACAUUAGAAAGGAAGACAAUGACGGUAUUAAAACCAAAAAAAAUGAAAACGAAAAUGAAAAUGAAAAUGAACGGGUAGAAGACGAAGAGAACAGUUCACAGGGAUUAGUAGUAUCAGGUAUUCUUGUUUCGGAUGAAAAGACUUUUGACUUGAAUUUAGUUUCCUUGACAGAUAUACGAGAGCAUCAUGUUGAUUUAAAGACCACCAUUUUAAAGGAGCGUCAAAGUGUUACACUUGGAUGCAAAAAAGACUUAAUAUAUUGGCAUUUACUUCAAAUGUUUGGUUCUGUAGAUGUAUUAAUUGAUGAUGAUAAUGUUACCAAUAUCAAAGAGACUGAUCUCCGAGAGAAUAAAGUCAACGGUGAACUGGAAAUCAUGAUUAUGAAGAGUAUUAAAUUGCACAUGGUAGACUCAUUGGCUACCUUGGAAUGGGUGCAAAGUGCAAUUAAUGACACAGUUGCUGAUAGUGUGAUGGCUAUUCUAUUAAGUGUUGAGUCGUCACCCGCAAGCGUCAAAUUGAGUUCACACACUCAUGAUCACCAUCAUGAUCAUCACCAUGAAGAAGAUCAGAUAUUAUUAAGAAUACAACAGAUUGCAAAUGUUUUCAAGGAACAGUUCGGUGAUACAUUUACCCUAUUAAUGGAUAAGGAGGAAAUAGGAGGAUCUCCUAAAGAGGAUAUUAAAGGUUUAAUAACCAUAAAUGAGUCCAUGACUGCUAAGAUAAAUUUUACCACAUUAAAAGUAGAAGAAUGCACGUCUAAACCUUUAAAGGGAAGGAUAGAGAGUAUUUUAAAAAUUGGAUCUGAUUUAGUUACGCCUUUAUGUUAA